UGGUCUACUCCCCCCUCUCUGAGUAGUAGAAUGGACUGGUCUUGUGAGAAAGUCUGCCUUAUCGCUGGUCCCUGUGGCUCCUCCCUCUUCCCGCCUGCUCAUUCAUGUAGGCUAUGAGGCCCCGCCCCUUAUCUGUACCGCUUGUGACCCCGCCCCCAGGACCAGAGCGGCCCCGGAGAGCGGUCAGCAUCCCCGCAGGGAGUAGAUGAGGCGCCAGUGACCCGGCCGGGUGUGCGGACCAUGCACGGGCUCCCGCUGCUCCUCCUGCUCCUGACCUUCCACCCGCAGCUGCAGACAGCGGCCCCGACGGUGACCCUACCAUUCACGCAGGAUAACUUGGUGACUUCUCGAUGGGGAGAGGCUUCAGAUGGGGCCCCUGUCCUGGGGGCCCAGGGUGUGGUGCCCACACAGGAUUCCAAGUUCCUCCUGGACUUGAAGGGUUUGUCGGAGAGCAGCCUGAGCUCGGAGAACCCCAAUAUUCAGGUGACCAUCGAGGUGGACCCCAGCUCCCAGACGGAGGUGGAGCUGGAUCUCUCGGACACUCGCACGGACUGGGGGGACCCGGAGUGGCGAGCGCAGCACCAGCUCUUCUGGCCGCUCUUCUGGGAAUACAGCGACUUCACGGACGACGCCGGGGACUACUCCCUGUUCGAGUGGGAGGACAACGUCCUCAGCGGAGGCGACCACGACGGACGCAGCUCACCCGCCGACAACUGGAUGACUGAUGACAAGUAUCUGUACGAUUACGAGGAUGCCGACUGGAGUUCUUGGUCUCCGUGUAGUGCGACGUGUGGCCGUCCGAGUCAGAAACGCACGCGCUCCUGCGGAUAUUCCUGUUCGGCCACCGAGGCUCGUGUGUGCGACCUCCCCCCGUGUCCAGGAGAAGAAGCCGAGAAUUCAACACUUCUGUGGACAACUGCAGCAAAGAGCAGCACUCCGACCCCCGAGUCAGCCCCCCAGGACGGCUGUGAUCGGUGGCUGGCCUGCAGGAGUGAGUUCCUCAGUAGCUAUUUGCAGCGGGUGCUGACAGAGUUGCCCAGUUGUCCAUGUCUCUACCCCUCGGAGGCGGUGUACAGUUCCUUGAUGCUGCGGGAUGAGAAGUUGGCUCGCAGUUUCCGGUGGCGGGAUGCUAGUGGCAUGCGGGAGAGACUGGAUAUCUACAACCCCGGCGCACGCUUCUGUCUGCGCUCUUUGCUCUCAAGAGACAGCAGCAGUCUGGGCGCUCAGCAUUGCUGCUAUGACCAUUCCCUCAGACUAGUGACCCGUGGACGGGCGGCCGGGAUCCCGAACCUCAUCAGUGCGGAGUUCUCCCCCGAACUUCAUUUCAAGGCGGAUGUCCUGCCAUUGAUUCUGUGCAAAGGCGACUGGAGCCGCAUUCACCCCCUGCGCCCCCCAAACAACGGAUACAGCUGCCCCGAGAACCCCCCUGAAGAGGAGUACCUGGCCCAGAUGCAAGAAGCCCAGGACUUCUAGGACUGCGGCGCAGGAUGAGGCGCUUCUUCACCAGAUAUUUGUGAGCUAUUUAUGUGGCUCUGUACAGUAGUGCGGUUCGUGUAUUUAUCCGUGAGAUUUUUAUAUAAAACUGACCAGUGG